CAUAAUUUUCAGAGCCCCCACCCCCACCCCCAAAGUAAGUAAACAAGAGUGAACUGUAGAACAAGGAAAAGACACAGCCAAAAAGGUGAGACACAGCCAUCUUGAUGAGGGGGGGCGUCUAACUACACAAUGAGGUCAUCCCAUCUCCCGGAAGUGACACGUAAUCACCUGCUUUGCACUAGCUCCGCCCCUUCCCUCAGAGGUCCCGCCCCUCCGCCAGCAGCCGGGAGGGUGUUAGGGGGCGUUUCUCCAGGAGGAGAGCUGUGAGCUGCGACGCUGAGGAAGGGGACCCCAAAACGUCUGGCACUGCCCGCUCCAGGGAUCACUUUGGACCGCUUCACUCGGCCCAGCGGGAUUCUGAAACGCCGAAGGGUCAACCUGAUGGGUUUCGGGGUCAACGGAAGAGGGGAAGGGGAGCCCUGGCGGGGAGAACCCCCCGGCCCCCCGCCCAGCAGCUGAGGCACAGGAGGGCGGCCAUCUUGGCCGGGAGGGUAGGGCCGGGGAGCUGCGGGCGCCGUGCGAUUGGGGGGCUCGCCCGGAAGUGACGCCGACUACCCGGAAGCGGAGGGGGUUCCCUGGCCCACUCCCCCCCGCGUUCGUUCGCUCCCCCGCUUCCUCCCCGCCCCCCUUCCUCUCCAUUCGUUUCCCCCCCUCCCCGGUCCCUGCCUUCUCUCCCCCACCCGUCCCUCCCCCCCCAACCUCCGGAGCUGGGAAGAGAGUCAAGAUGGCGGCGAAAUCCGAUGGCGGCGGCGUGGGGGUGGGCUUCGCCCAGCUGCACAACCUGGACGAGGCGGUGGGCAGCGGCGGCGAGGAGGACGGGGAGCCCGGGGGCGGCGGCUGCGCCGGCGGCGCCCCGACGCCCCCGGCCGCGCGGCCGCAGCCCUCGCCGCCGCAGCCGGAGCGGCCGUGGCUCGACUGCCUGUGGAUCGUGCUGGCGCUGCUGGUCUUCUUCGGGGACGUGGGCACCGACCUGUGGCUGGCCCUCGACUACUACCGCAAGGGGGACUACGGCUACUUCGGGCUGACCCUCUCCUUCGUGCUGGUGCCGUCGCUGCUGGUGCAGAGCCUGAGCUUCCGCUGGUUCGUGCAGGACUACACGGGCGGCGGGCUGGGCGCCGUGGAGGGGCUCAGCAGCCGGGGCCCCCCCAUGAUGGGGGCCGGCUACGGCCGCGGCGGCCCUGGCGCGGGGGUCUCGGCCACGCCGGGGGCUCAGCGCCUGUGCCGCCUCUCCGUGUGGAUCUGGCAGACGGUCAUCCACCUGCUGCAGAUGGGGCAGGUGUGGAGGUAUAUCCGCACCAUGUACCUGGGGAUUCAGAGCCAGCGGCGGAAGGAACACCAGCGACGCUUCUACUGGGCUAUGAUGUACGAAUAUGCAGACGUCAACAUGCUGCGCCUCCUGGAGACCUUCUUGGAGAGCGCCCCCCAACUGGUGCUACAGCUCUGCAUAAUGAUCCAGAAGAACAGCGCCGAGACGCUGCCCUGUGUCUCCUCUGUGACUUCCCUGAUGUCCCUGGCUUGGGUGCUAGCCUCCUAUCACAAGCUGCUGCGGGACUCCAGGGACGACAAGAAGAGCAUGAGCUACAGAGGGGCCCUCAUCCAGCUCUUCUGGCGCCUCUUCACCAUCUCAUCCCGAGUUAUCUCUUUUGCCCUCUUUGCUUCCAUCUUCCAGCUCUACUUCGGGAUCUUCGUGGUGGUGCACUGGUGCGCCAUGGCCUUCUGGGUCAUCCAUGGCGGGACAGACUUCUGCAUGUCCAAGUGGGAGGAGAUCCUCUUCAACAUGGUGGUAGGGAUUGUGUACAUUUUCUGCUGGUUUAACGUCAAGGAAGGGCGGACUCGAUAUCGAAUGUUUGCAUAUUAUACGAUAGUCCUGACCGAGAAUGCUGCCUUGACGUUCCUUUGGUAUUUUUACAGAGACCCGGAGACCACUGACUCCUAUGCGGUGCCAGCACUGUGUUGUGUCUUUGUGAGCUUUGUGGCUGGGAUCGCACUGAUGCUCUUAUACUAUGGCGUGCUGCAUCCCAUGGGGCCUCGGGUUAAGGUCCUUGCCAGCUCCUGUUGUGCCGAGCUGCUCUGGGGCAUCCCUUUGCCUCCCGAUGUUGAGCCCAUGGCACCACAAGCCCCUGGGUACCGGGCGGCCCAGGUUACGCCCACCAGAGCCGUGACGGAACAACAGGAGGAUCUCACGGCUGACACUUGCUUGCCCGUUUUCCAAGUGAGACCCAUGGAGCCCACUACCCCGUCGGGGCGUCCUUACCCCCCAGAAGGGCCCCUCAUUAAGAUUGACAUGCCAAGAAAGAGGUACCCAGCUUGGGAUGCUCAUUUUGUGGACAGGAGGCUGAGAAGGACUAUUAACAUCUUGCAGUAUGUCACCCCCACGGCAGUAGGCAUUCGCUAUCGAGAUGGGCCGCUCCUGUACGAGUUGUUGCAGUACGAGUCUUCACUCUAA